AUGCAGCACCCGUCCUUAACCACCCUUCUUUUUUGGCUUGGGCUUGCCGUCCUCGUGCAAUGCCAGACAUAUGACAAGGGAGCCUCCGCAGUCCGUCUUCCCGAGGACGACUUCCGAUACCGCAUACUGACCUCCAUACCUAAAGCAUAUGACGUCUCCAACACAUUUUGGUCAAACCGUCAAUCUGCCGUCAGACCAGCCUGCUUUCUCCUCCCCAAUUCAACUGCAGACGUCUCGACAGGGCUCAAGAUACUCACAUCGCUGAGCACCAAGUUUUCCGUCAAAAGUGGCGGCCACACUCCGUUCCCGGGGGGUUCCAACAUCCAAGGCGGCGUCACCAUCAGCCUCGAGGCCCUCAACGACGUCACCGUCAGCGCGAACCGCAAGACUGUAUCCAUCGGGCCGGGAAAUCGCUGGAUCGACGUGACGAAGAAGCUAGACCCUCUCGGCCUCGCCGUCGUAGGCGGCCGCGUCGCAGAGGUCGGCGUCUCCGGCCUGCUCCUCGGCGGCGGCAUCUCGUUUCUCUCCGAGCAGCACGGCUGGGCGUGCGACAACGUGCAGAACUACGAAGUCGUUCUCGCGACGGGCGAGAUCGUCAACGCGACGCCGACGCAGAAUGAAGACCUGUUCUGGGCGCUCCGCGGCGGCGGCGGAUCGAGCUUCGGCAUCGUGACGCGGUUUGACGUCGACGCCUUCGCGCAGGGCGACCUCUGGGCGCGGUCGCUCAUCUGGCCGGGGACGGAGAGCAGCGCCGUGCUGUCGCAGUUCACGCUCGUCGCGACGGACGUGCUGCCUCUGGACAGGGACGCGCACGUGUUUGUCGUGCUGGCCAACGCGCCGCAGUUUGGCGGGAACAUUGCCCUGACGUCGCUCUACCACCUCACGCAUGCCGCGACGCAGGCAGCGGCCGACGGGGCGGUGCCGGAUAUCUUUGAGGGGUUCGUGCGGUUGCCUCGCCAGAUUUCGAACACGACGACCAUUGCGCCGGUCUCGACACACCUGGAGGCCAUUUCGGAUCGAUACGGCUUCCGAAAGACGUGGUGGGACACGACGGUUUCGAUCGGCGACGCAGGGGAUUACUUGCUUCUCCUGGAGACGCUGCCCAAGUGGGAUGCCCAUGUUGAAACGUUGCUGGCGGCGGCCGAGGAGGCUGGCGACACGAUUGUUCCGCAGAUCGCUUUCCAGCCCAUCUCGACCAACGUGCUCAAAGAGAUGCAGAAGAAUGGAGGCAACGCACUGGGGCUAGACGUGGGCGACGGGCCGCUCGUAUUGAUCCAUAUCAUGGCGACCUGGUCGAAUGAGAAGUUGGACUGCCUCAUUGAGAAAAAGUCAAAGGAGUUUAUCGAGGAUAUCGAAGCGAGAGCUGAAGCGCGAGGGCAGAGUAAUGGAUACAAGUACAUCAACUAUGCUGGCAGAACACAGGAUGUGUUCGGCAGCUACGGCGAGGAGAAUCACAAGAGGCUGCGAGAGGUAUCGCAAAAGUACGACCCUGAAGACUUGCUACAGAACCUCUGGAGGGGCUAUUUCAAAGUCAGGUAG